AUGAGCCAACCUUCUUAAUUAUUUAAAAUGAUAAAAGGUGAAACAGUUGUCUCAAUAAUUUCUUCAUGGCAAAUUAUCCAUCAUUAAUAUAAUAAACUAAAAAUAAAAGAAUCAAAGGAGCUUACGUGGAGGAGGAUGUGGGUCAUCUAUUGAAGAAAAAAAUAUAAAUUCAAUUAUAGAAAGAGAUUAAAACUUAUUGAUUUCAUCAUCAAAACCCCAAAACUUCAUAUCAGAACUAAAUGAUUGUCUAAAUCUGUUAGUAGAAGCAUCUAAAUUGUUUGGUGACACCACUUAAAAAAAUUCUAUUCUUAUGAAAAUUAAAUGGUUUAAUUAUAAUAGAGAACAUUUAAAUUAUUUGUGUAUUGAUGGAAGAGAAACAACAAAAAAUAAGAAAAAUUUGAAAGUUUAUUGACAAUCCUUACAAGUUAUUUAAGAAAUUCAGGGUUUAUUUGUUAUUAAGUUUUAUAAAUAUGUAACGAAUUUUUAAGGAUUCUUUAUGCAUUCUAAUUAGAAAAUCCUAAGAGAUGCUUUGAAAUAUCAAUACAACAAGAUUACUUAGAAAAGAUAUCAGAAUUUAAUACUUAAUUAGAAAUAGAGUAAGCAAAUGUUUGGAAAACGGGCAUUGAAUUCGAAAUUACAAUUAUGAAGAUUAUGAUAAUGAAUUCGAAAACCAAUUCCACAGAAGGAACUGAUUUAUUGAUUAAUUUCUUUAAGGAAGCUGCAAAAUCAAUUGUAUCAUUUUCACCAACUGAUGGUUUACUUUAAACAAUAAUAGGUGGUGGUAAAUAUCUUCUAAAAAGAGGUAUAGAAAAAAAGUUAUAUCCAAAAGAAGUUUAUUAAACUUAUUAUCUAUUCUAAUUAAUGAAAUGGUCAAUUGUAAGAUAGUUAAAAUCAAAAUAUUCAGUUUAUGAAUAAAUAUAGUAACUACAAAACAUUUUCUAAUAAUAUAUACUACUUUCGGGCAAUUGGGUUUUGCAUUUUAGUUGGUUAUAGAUGAUUACUGAUAUCAUUGCAUAUCGACCAAUUAUUAAUAAAACUAUUUUAGUUAAGAAAUUCCAAGAUUAAUAAUUAAAACUAUAGAAUUCUCUAAUUAAAAAUAAUUUAAUUCAUUGUGUUUCAUACAAUAAAACUGAAGCAGUUAUGAGUUUAUUUUUAGACUCAUAACAUUAAAUUCAUAAUGUUGACUUAUCUAAUUUAUUGGAAAAUUAUAGCAAAUAAAAGUUUGUUCUAUUUUCAUAAUUUCUUUUAAGAGAAGAUAUUACUCAAAAUGUUAAUAAUUGGGGCUAUUACAAAAAAUUUGCAUUUAAAAACUAAAAAGAUUUAAAUAAGAAGCCUAUGAACUCAUUUUAGCAAGUUAAGAAUAAGAAGUAUUAAAGAAAUUAAUAAAUAAUGUUAAAUCCGAGAAGGAUGGGAUAAUUUAAAUUCAUUCAAGAAUUUUACAAUCCUUUUAAAACUAUUUUAAAGAACCAUCUUAAACACUUAUUAAAAUAUUUUAGGAUGAUUGUCAAGUUUCUAUAAAGUAAUUCUUAUAAACUUAUAAGAAAUUAAUCAUAUAAAUAAAUUAUAUCUUAGAAUUAUCAAAAUUUGAAGCUUCUAAAUUGAAUUUGCUCAACUCUUACUUUGAUAAAUUUAAGAAAAAAAUUGAACUUUCUAAAAGUAAAAUGUUGAUUUAACUAUAGAAUUUAUAAUAAUAAAUUGAUAGUUUUCUUAAACAAUCACUUAAUGAAUCUAUUAAUUAACUUUUAAAUCACUUCUUAAUUGCAGUCAAAUUUGCAAGUUCUGCAUAUGUUUUCAAUUAAUAUUUAGAGACAAAAGAAUAAUAAGAGGUAGAUAAAAUUAAAAAUUUAUUUGAAAUUUAAAAGUUUUCAGCCAUAAUCAUAACCUUUGAAGCCUAAUUAGAUUAAUUUAUUUUCGAUUUAAACUCCUUUAAAGAGAAUUUUAUGUAAUUUAUGCAGUUGAAAGCUAAUUUAGAGAAUCUGACAAUAAAAAUAUCAAAUUAAAAUAUAUUCGAUGUAAUCAAAUAUAGUAUUUCAGGAGAAUGGAUUAAAUAAAUAGUAAAAAAGCUUUUAGAUGAGCACAUAAAUAAAUUUUUAUUAUUUAAAUCUUAAUUCACAAGUUAGGGAGAUAUAUAUUAAAAUUUCAUCGAUUGCAAAUUUAGCAUUUUUGUGAUCUAAUUUUUAAAGUAAUUCUACCGAAUACAAUAAGAUAAUAUAUACAUGAAUAAUUAAUAAAUGUAAUAUUAAAAAAAUAAUGAUGAAUAACCAGAGGAAUUGGGUGAAUAAAGUUUUUAAAAAAUAAUUGAAAAUAUAUUAAUUUAACAGAAAUAAAAAAUUGAAUGCACUAUUGAAUAAUAUAAAAUAGUUACUUGAUUAGGAAAGUUUUCAGAUUGGUUGUAAAAAUUUGGUAGCUUAAAUAAAAUAUGAUUUUCAAUUAGUAAAAGAUGAGAGUAAGAAAUAUAGGAAUCAAGAGCUAAGUCAUGAUAUUUUGAAAUUCUUUACAGAUUCCUCAUAUAUUAUAUUUAAGGCUUAGGGUGAGGCCGAAUAAAUUGUUAAGUUAGAUCAACUUUUAAUUAAAUAUGAUAAUAAACUUAACGAAAUAAAUAAUAGAAAAGAGAAUAUUAAUGAGAAAACUACAUAAGAUGAAAUAAAUCAAAUAAAUAAACUCUAAACGCCUUUUUUCAAAUACGACAACGAAAAAAUAUAUUAAUUGUCUAAUAGCGAAUAUACAAAAGAUUUAAAAGCAGAUAAAGUUAAUGGUUCAAUUUUGUUGAGUAUAAAAAAUACAUAUAAAGCAACAACAGAUAAACUUGUUGAAUUAAUAGAUCUUAAAUCUGAUCAUAAAGUAAGAGAAGGGUUAGCCUAUAAUUUAAUAAGACUUUAAUACAUUAUUUAAGAAUAAUAGAUUAAUUAAUUCUCAUGUAAAUAUAUUUAGUUUAUGUGGGUAUUUGAAAAAGAUUAAAGAGUUAGAAAUUUGUUGAAAAACAAAGAAUUAGUUGAAAUUUAGAAAUAACAAUUUGCUUAAGAUUUUGAUAAUUUUUCAAGUUCAAUAAAAGAUGAACUGAAAGAAAGAUUAUAAAAGUUGGAAAACUUACAACAAUAAAUCAAGCUCUAAGGGAAUUAAUAAAAAAGAGAGUAAAUUUAAUAAUAACUAAAGGAAACUUAUGAGGAAUUAGAUUCAUCUUUAGAUAACAUUUCAGAAUUGUCAGAGGCAAUGGAUAUUAGUUUAGUAUUCCUUAAAGAUAUUUCAAAAGAUGUUAAAUAGAUAAAAACCUAAAUUGAUAAUUUAUAGGAAUCUGUAAAUUAAUUAGGUGAAGAUAUUCGAAAAUUAAGGGGAAAAAAUUAUAAAGAAUUACUCGAAAUGAGAAAAUAAAAGAUAUUAUUACAAUCAAAAUUAACCGAUAUGGACUCAGUUUACAUUUAAUUGCAAACAAUUGAAUACAAUCCUAUGACUGUAUAGAAAAUUCUUUAUGAGGACAUAGAGUCAACAUAUUUAAUGAUGAAUUAAUGGGAUGAUCCAGAAGGAGAAGUUAAUGAAUUUAUUUGGAAAGAAGAAUUAUAAAAAAAAAAAGAACUAAAAGAUGUUUUGCUAAUUUCAGGAUUUGCUGGUUCUGGCAAAAGUAAAGCAGCCAGAAAAAAAGAGGAAUUUCUUUGGUAAUAAUAAGGAAUUUAUUCGAAAUGGAUUCCUAUAUUUGUAUCUCUUCCAACUUUAAAGAACCCUAAGUAUAAUUCAUUUGAAUAAGCCUUAGAGACUGGGAACUAUUAAUUUGAUAAAUAUUAAAUUAGAGAACUUAAAGAAGCUAUUUAAAAUAAAAAAGAAAGGAUUAUACUAAUACUUGACAGUUAUGAUGAGAUGAAAUAAGAUUGUAUCUAAUAAAAUUUAUUAAAAACUAAUAAAUUGUUUUAAGAUUUAAAUAUUAAUAAAUCUAAUCGAUAAAUGAAAGUAAUUAUUUCAACAAGAAAAGAAAUACUUAAUAAAGUUGAAUAUUAAACUUGGUUUUAUGGAGAUAGUAUUUCAACUUUGAAAGAAGUUUAGUUAUAAAAUUUUAAUGAAGAAUAAGAGAAUGAGUAUUUAAAUUAAUAUGUUGAAUUGAGUAUUAAGAGGAAAAUUAAAGAAAUUUAUGAGUUUGUUAAAUCAAUCUCUGGAUAAAACUUUGAUUUAGAAGAAUUUCUUACAAUUUGGAAUUUAGUUUACUAAUAAGCCAAGAAUAGUAUUAAGAAAUCAGAGAUAACUGAAUAAGAUGGAAUUUUUUAAAUUUAGAAGUUUUAAAAGAAGAAUAGACAACUGCAUUACAAAAAGAACUUAUAGCUUUGUGGAAUGCACAUUAAUUUAAAAAAUCAAUUCUAAGUGUCAAAAUUUAAGAUUUAUUAACCGCUCCGUUUAUGCUAGAAAUUGUUGUUUAAGUUUUACCAAAUAUGA